CUGUACCCUCUUAAUAGUAUAUGUUCUAUGACCCUCUUACUUUUUGCGGCACCUUACAGUCACUUUGCGGAUUUUUUCGAGUUUCGAUUCGGGUUCGAGUUUUCGGUUAUCCGAAACCGAGUGUGACAUUUGUUUAGUGAGAAAAUAUCGAACUAUUUGUUCCUGGACAAGGCACAGAUAUGGGUCGCUACAGGAGCCGCAGUCGAGACAGGGACAGGCGGCGCAGAUCGCGUACCCGCUCGAGGAGCAGAUCACCGCGUGACAGGAGGAGCUGGGGUGGCAGCGGAGGACGUGACAGGCCUUCCAGCAGUCGCAGCAGUCGUGGUCAACCCGGCGCUAAUCUGAGGAAACCACGAUGGGAUCUCAGUCGAUUGGAACCCUUCAAGAAGGACUUUUACAUCCCUCAAGACUCGGUUCAGAAUCGAGAUCUCCGUAUCGUCGAGAAGUACAGAGCUGACAAGGAAAUUACCCUGAGGGGCAAGAGUAUACCCAAUCCUGUUCUCGAUUUCGACGAGGCAGGUUUCCCGGAUUACGUCCUGAAAGAGAUCAAAAGACAAGGUUUCACCGAACCUACGUCGAUCCAAGCUCAAGGAUGGCCUAUUGCAUUGAGCGGCCGAGAUAUGGUGGGCAUCGCAUCCACAGGUUCCGGAAAGACGCUGUCUUAUAUAUUGCCUGCGAUAGUUCACAUUAAUAGCCAGCCGAAGUUAAGUCGCAAAGACGGGCCUAUCGCGUUAGUGUUGGCGCCUACCCGAGAGCUCGCCCAACAGAUUCAGCAGGUUGCCGAUGACUUCGGCCAUUCGUCAGGCAUUAGAAACACCUGUUUGUACGGCGGUGCACCGAAAGGUGCCCAGGCCAGGGAUCUGGACGGCGGUGUGGAGAUAGUUAUCGCUACACCUGGUAGACUGCUAGAUUUUCUCGAAUCUGGCAAGACAAAUCUGAAGAGAUGUACAUAUUUAGUAUUAGACGAAGCUGACAGGAUGUUGGACAUGGGAUUCGAGCCACAGAUCCGAAAGAUUAUAGAACAAAUUAGACCAGACAGGCAGACCCUGAUGUGGUCGGCCACAUGGCCUAAAGAAGUAAAGAAUUUAGCUGAAGAUUUUCUUAAAGAUUACGCUCAAAUCAAUGUCGGUUCUUUACAACUUUCAGCAAAUCAUAAUAUAUUGCAAAUAAUAGAUGUAUGUCAAGACUAUGAAAAAGAGAAUAAAUUAAGUACUCUAUUGAAAGAAAUAAUGGCAGAAAGCGAGAAUAAAACCAUAGUAUUUAUUGAAACAAAGCGUAGAGUGGACGAGAUAACGAGGAAAAUGAAGCGCGAUGGAUGGCCAGCAGUUUGCAUUCAUGGUGACAAGACGCAACAGGAACGAGAUUGGGUUUUACAAGAUUUCAGAUCGGGCAAAGCACCAAUCCUUGUUGCUACUGAUGUUGCCGCACGCGGUCUUGACGUUGAAGACGUCAAGUUUGUCAUCAAUUUUGACUACCCCUCCUGCUCCGAGGAUUAUGUUCAUCGGAUCGGUCGUACCGGUCGUCGACAGAAAACCGGCACGGCGUACACCUUCUUCACGCCCAACAACGCCAACAAGGCCAACGACCUGAUACAAGUGCUGAAGGAAGCUAAUCAGGUGAUAAAUCCGAAAUUGUUGGAGCUCACCGAUUGUAAAGCUGGUGGAUAUGGCAGAAAUAGAGGUGCAAGAAACCGAUGGCGAUCUCGAGGCGGCGGUGGCGGUAGUCGCAACGGGAAGGAACGCAGCUACUCGCGAAGCAGAAGUCGAAGUCAUAGCAGGGAAAGGAACGGUCGUAGCAGUCGACGAAGCUACAGUCGUAGCUACUCGCGAAGUCGUAGCCCCGUUAGCCGUAACGGUAAGAAUGCUGUGUCAACUAUCGAAAACCUAUCAAGGACUCCUGGACCACAUAGUACCUGGACUUCACGUUAAUGAGGGCUAUUGCCGAGUUAAGAGACCAAGAUAGUCUAAUGAUAGCAUAUACUUGGUUAUAUUGGUCAAUAUUGGUGAAAAGAUAGGGCGAUAUAUACGCAGUCCAUAUACUAUAUAGUCUAAGCUUCUGGAUCCUCGACCAUGUUAGAUUGUGACGUCAGAGGCGGGAGAGCGCACGCUGAAAAUUAGUUAGAAUAGUUUUCAAAGUAUUUUAAGAGGGUGCUAAAAUCAUCUGAAGUGCUGUUUUAUC